UCUCUCUCUCUCUCUCUCUCAUAAAAAUGUUGAGCUCUUUCCUUUCUUUUUUCAAUAGGAUCAAAACAGUAGAUGCCAUGCUAGAACUUGAGAAACCCAACGUAAAAAAUUUUAUAUACAGAGAUGAGUUAAGUAAGAAGCCAUUUUCAAAGAAGCAAAAGAUGAAUGGCAGUACUUGCUUUGAAAGUUCAGAGCCACUGAUCAAGAGGGAAUUGGAAGAUGGGAAACUUUAUGGGGGGAGAUCAAGCUAUGGCAGUGCAGCUGAGGAGAAAGGAGAAGUGAUCAGAGUAAAGAUUAAGAUGACGAAGCAAGAAGCGGCACAAAUGCUUUCCAAGUGCAAAAAUGGAGGAGUUCUCGAAUUCAAGGAUGUAACUUGUGCGCUUGCGCAGAUUCCAACGAGUCGUGUUCGUAUUGACCCGUCACCAGCCACUAACUGUGGUGCUGGUCCAGCAGUUCUGAAGACCAUCUCUGAAGAAUACUGACAGUUAAUUCAAAUAUUUUUACAUAAUUGGGGGUAUUGGUUAAUUUUUUUGGGCCUUCAGAUUCAGUAUGUAGUACUAGCAAAUUAGCAUGUGAAAUUUCACUUGAUGAUUAUGUUCUGAUAUGCUGCAGUUUUCGUUGGAUCUAAUGAAACUUAUAAUUUACUCAA